CAAUGACCUUCGUACUAAAUGCACUUCUAUAUCUAUACUUACUGUCAUUAAAUAAAUGAGGAUCAUUACUACUUGGCUUGGACAUGAGGAUAUUUCAUCUCAUUACUGGAAUAUUAUUCUACUUGGUAUCAAUUCUUGUACAGUGUGACGGGAGAAGAUGUUUUCAUUGCACUGGUGUACAGUACCCGAGAGAUUGUCAGAAUGUUACCACGUGCAGGCAUGGUCAGACAUGUUACACUCGGCAAAUUGUUAUAGCAGGUGGAAAUGUUGCGUUUAACUUGGGAUGCCUCUCUAAAAGGAAAUGCCACCAUUUACCAUCGCCCCUUAUUGGAAAAAGAUCAGGUGGAAUUGUUGACAACCACUCAACCGACAUUGUCACGUGCACUGAAUGUUGUUUAGAUGAUUUCUGUAACAAGAAGGGUUGUAGAACAGCUGGUACAUUUACUUUUAUCUCAAAAUGUAUUGUAACUAGCAUGGUUAUACACUCUACUUAUUUCCCUGAAUGUUUUCAGAUGUGCAUGUUAUAUCGUCCUAUAACACCAAGUGUUCAAAUUGAACAUUCGUACAAAGGACAAUGCGAAACAAAAGUGGUGUGUGACAUAAUGACAACAAGAUUUAGUAGCCAUCAGUGUGACCCUGUGUGCUGUGCUACAGACUUUUGUAACGAUCGAUGUGGCACUUCUCCGAAUGCUACAAUAACGUCCCCACUCCAUCAUAGCACUGAAUACGUCACAAAACGUCCAGAGACGUCAACAUCGGAGCUAACCACGUCCGUCGCUCCUUCGACAAAUUUGACGAUUGGUGGGAGUACAAGUAGUAGUUGUAUCGGAAAGAGUAUCAUGAUACAGAAUACGCAUGCGCAUAUGUGUGUUCACAUUGUAACGAGACCUGGAUUGUCUUGGAAUGAUUCACGACAAUAUUGUAAAACUCACUUUGGAGGAGACCUUGAAGUUCUUGAUACUUUAAACAAAGCUCUGUCACUUAGGACAUUUCUUCAAAGUCAUAAGAACGAUUACAGGCAUGUUUACUGGAUAGGUGCAAGGGAUUUUGAUAACAACAAUUUGUUUACAUGGAUAACUCAAGAAGCACUUGUAAAAUCAGAGACAGACUGGGCUCAUCAUCAACCUGUAGCAACCAGCCAUGCGGACUGUUUUGGCAUGCCUCCAUCUGAAGAUUAUAAAUGGCACACAUUUGGAUGCUUUGAAAUCAGACACUUUAUUUGUGAACAGAAAUAG